UUGUUACGCGCGCGACAUCGAACAGACAACAUCGAUACAUCCUGCAGAAGAUACCGGCACGCGUGUUCCAUCACCGUGCCGCCGACGAUGUAAGUCAAGUGUACCGAAAGGUUACAGGUGUUGUGAUAUGUGAGGUGCAUACAUUUAACUUUUGUGAUUAAGUGAUUUACUAUAGGGUUUUCUUGAAUUGAAAUAACAAUGGCCCUUGCAAACGGUGUGGAACAGGGAUGCAGUAUGCGACCUGGUUGCCCUUCACCGACGUCAACUCCGGAGGAACUAGAAAGGAGAGCAUUAAUUCAGCGAAAUGAUCUGCUACUACACGAAGCCGUCAUAAAGAACGACACAGAAGCUGUGAGAAGAAUACUUAAAGAGCCUGUCGAUAUUAACUCGCGGAAUAACUAUGGAAGAGCGCCGAUCCAUUGGGCUUCGUCCCGGGGAAACAUCGACAUCAUGGAAAUGUUAAUAGCGGCGAAUUGUGAUAUAGAAGCGCGAGAUAAGUAUGGAAUGAGGCCACUGCUGAUGGCCUGUUGGCACGGACACAGACCCGCCGUCCAGCUUCUGAUUAACACUGGUGCCUGCUCAAAUGCCACCAACAAGAAACACUACACACUAUUAAUGUGCGCCGCUAGAAAUAACCGCGUGGAUGUCGUUAACUUCUUGUUGGACAUGUUAGAAGACGUCAGAGUAGAUGCUGUGGACAUAGAUGGACAGACGGCGCUCUUUCAUGCGGCUAUCGGAGGCCACAAAUCCGUUGUCAAAAGGCUUAUUGAAGUUGGGGCGUCGCCUGAUAAAAGAAAUAAGGAAUCACGAACAGCACUACAUGUGGCUUGUGAACGAGGACAUUGUGAUGUGACAGAACUUCUUUUAUCUCACGAAGCUGAUAUGGAAGCAAAAGACAUCAACGGCAACACACCACUACAUGUAGCAGCUCAACAUCAACAGACUAAAAUAGUGCAAAUUUUGCUGGAUGCCAACGCUGAUCCUGACAGUGAAAAUCUGAAAGGUUCAACAGCUUUACAUAUAGCUUGUAGUUUAGGAAGUAGGGGAAUUUUAGAGUCACUGCUUCAACAUGGAGCACACAUAAACAACCAAAACAAGUGUGGAAACACUCCACUGCAUUUGGCUAGUCAAGCAAAUGAAGUAACUAUAGUGGAAACUCUCAUAGCAAAAGGAGCAGAUCUGAAUUGUCUGAAUUCGCGGUUGCAAUCUCCGAUCCACAUCGCAGCUGAAAUGGGACAUACGGAAAUCUGCAAGCUGUUACUGGCCUCUGGUGCAGACAUCGAACAAAGGGAACAGGGAGGCAGGACGCCUCUAUAUAUUGCUGCCCGUGGAAGUUUUACCGCCAUUGUGGAUAUGAUUAUUAAGACUGCUAGAUUAGAUUAUCCUGCACACGAAGACAAAAAAUCAAAUGGCCGUAAAGAAAGUUCCGGUGGUUUGAAGCCAAAAUUGAGUCGGAAAUGGCGUUCUGGCAGUAAAGAUGAAGGUCGGGGGAAGGACAGUGAGCGUAUGAAAGAAGUACUAUACAAAUUAGCAUACAAACAUUUGGGCCAUGGCGAAUGGAAGAAAUUGGCCAAUCAUUGGGCUUUUACAGAGGACCAAAUUAAAGCCAUUGAACAUCAAUACAACGGCCCAUCCAGUUAUAAAGAGCACGGUUUCCGCAUGAUGUUAAUAUGGGCCCACGGGCUUGGAGCUGAUGUCAAUCCUGUCAAAGAACUUUACGAAAGUCUCGUGGCUAUAGGGAAAAGGCCUUUGGCAGAUAACUUAAGAAGAAAGAUUGACCAAGAAAAUGAAGCGAUAAGGAAGGGAAACAAGAAGACCUGCAGUAAUUGUAUCUUAAGUUAAAUUUUAUUAAAAAACUAAAUGAACGAAUAUUUCUUAUGAUAUAAUCUAUAUAUACAUAUAUACAUAUCUAAAUUAUAUAUGUGUCCUCUACCCUUGAAAUUGCCUUGUCCGGUCCAUAUUAGAGUGAUAAAGUACCAGUUAUAUAUCAAAUGUAUUUUAUGAAAAAGUGAAUGUUAUUAUAUUUGUUUUUAUAUUUCAAUUGUCAAUAAUAUGAGAUGUACAAUUAUAUAGAAAUGUAGUUCUUAUAUACAUAUACCUUUAUGAAACUAGCAAUGGAAUUGAUCAUUGAUUAAAAACAAAUAUAACUAGUGUAUCGAAUAAAGAAGAAUAAAACCUUUCUCAAUAGACUUUCCUCCGGUCGCAUUAUACAAUGUCAAUUAAUGUUAUCUUUUUCAAGUUGCAGACCUUUUUUGUAAAAUAAAAGGUAGAAUCAAGUACAGCCGUAAGUUCAUUAUAAAUGCUUUAAAUAUACAAAUAUCUUUUUGAAUAAAUCGAUUUUUGAUUAACAUGUUCUGUUUUGCUCUAUAUACAAUUAACAAAUGAAGUUGUUUGAGAAUAAACAUAUUAAUUUAAUAAGUUGUAAUUAAGUAAAUAUUCAACACAAUUUUGCAAAGUAUUUUAUUUAAAAUGAACUUACUUCAAUUGUCAAAUUUCAAAUGUAUUUUAUGAAAUUCUAUUUAAAUUUGUUUUUAUGUUAGCAAUUGUCAAUCGUUAUUUGUACCAAAUAUAACUUUUUUAUGACAACAAAUGCAUUGACAAUUCAAUAAAAACAAAUAUAAUUACCAAAAUAUAAACAAUCUGUUCAUUUCUAACUGUCUUUGCUUCAGUCACCUUGUAUAAUGUCAAUUAAAUGUUACCUUUUUAAUGUUUCAGACCAUUACUAUAUAUACAACAAAUAUCCAAUAAAAUUAUAAGUGAAAUAUAAAUGUUAAUUGUCAACUUGGACUAAAUGGUAUAAAAUAAGGAAAAUUAAUUUAUAAAUUUUUUAUUGAUAAAAAACUUCAUUAAGUCAUCUUGCCCAAAUACAACCAUAUUUUUUAUUCAAGUGACCACAUUAGCUAAUUUUCAGCAAAAAAAUAAUAUCGUAAAUUGUGAAUGUAACUUCCUAUUUUAUUAUUGUCUAACAUAAAAGAUUCAAAUAACAUUACUUAAGACGUAAACUUUUGUCAAACUUGUUUUUAAAAUUGAAUAUUAUUUCAUGUUAUGCUGUACAUAUCACUGAAAAGAUGAUAUUAAAUAAGUUUAAAUGCACUUAAUUUUAUUGUUUAAUAAUGAUUUACAAUUUGUAAAGCUGUUUAUAAAUAAAUGUAUUUAUU